CAGCAAUACCUUACUCUACCUAAGGAGAAAGCUCUUGUUGUUUUUAUAUUACGGAUAGGUAUAUUCAGGACUCCUAUACGUGUGAAGUACAUACCUACACUUGCUUUUUACAUCGCUAGCCGACGUGCCACGAAACGACCCUCCAAGCCACCGAAGAAGAAUUGGCCUCAGGCCUUCCAUCACCGCCACCCACAGCUUAAAUCGAGGAGCAAUAGGCUUAUGCCGUGGGAGCGUCACGAUAAUAGCAUAUACGAUAAGGUAGUACAUUAG